AUGCGCAGCUCCGAGGAGGUGGCAGCGGCGGAGGGUUCAGGCGCGCCGGGCUCUUCCCCGGAGCCCCCCGGCGGGGCAGGAUCGGGGGGAUGCGAGGUAGGCUCGCGGCCGCACGACUCGGAAGGAGACGGGCGCACGGCGGUGCAGGUCACGGUCACGCCGAUGCCGCCGCCGCCGGCUCCGGAUACAUCGGCGGCGCCUGAGGCGAGGGCGGAGAAUUUGGCGGCACCCACAGCACCGGAGGCGAGAGCAGGGAGUGUGACGGCAUCGGCGGCACCUGAGGUGAGAGCGGAGAGUGUGGCGGCAUCCGCGGCGUCUGAGGUGAGGGCGGAGAGUGUGACUGCAUCGGCGGCGCCUGAGGUGAGAGCGGCGAGUGCGACGCCAUCGGCCGCACCUGAGGUGAGAGUGGAGAAUUUGCCUGCGACUGCGCCUGCGCACCCGCAACCGGGGCCGAGGCCGAGGCGGCGGUGGUGGUCGGGGAUCCCGUGGACGAGGCUGGUGCUCGGAGGCCUGCUAGUGGCGGCGGUCGGCUAUGCCUUCUACAAAUGGGGGCUCCCCCUCUUAUCAGACAAGGUGCUCCUGCCGAUCAUGCGAUGGGAGGCGACAUCUUUCGGGCGCCCGGUGCUGGCCCUUGUGCUGGUCAUGUCCAUGUCCGUCUUCCCUACCGUGUUCCUGCCUUCUUUCCCGUCCAUGUGGUUGACAGGGAUAAUAUUCGGCUACGGCCUGGGCCUCUUGAUCAUCCUGGUUGGCACCGGCAUAGGCAUGUCCAUACCGUACUGGAUCGGCUCGCUGUUCCUCCAUCGCAUUCAUGGAUGGUUAGAGAAGAAAUGGCCUCAGCAGAUGGCUCUGAUCAAACUGGCUGGGAGAGGGGGCUGGUUCCAGCAGUUCCGGGUGGUUGCGCUGUUACGACUCUCGCCGUUCCCUUAUGUGAUGCUCAACUAUGUUGCAACCGUCACCCAGAUCAAGUUCACCCCUUACAUUUGUGGCUCGGUUGUUGGAAUGGUACCUGACGCGUUGGUCAACAUCUACAGUGGCCGGCUGAUUCUCGCACUGGCGGACCUGAAGUAUGACCAGCGUCGGAUGACAACAGUGGAGAUAGUGUACAACGUCAUCUCUGCCAUCGUCGCCGUUCUUAUCGGGGUCGGGUUUACGGUCUACGCGAGAAGAGCCUUGGAUGGCAUACAAAGCGCGGAAGGCGCGCAGCAACCUGAACCUGCUGUCGUCCCUGCUGUCCCGGCGCCGGAGCUCAGUGAUCGCCAUCGAAGUUCCAGCUCUGUGCCAGUUGAUGUUGUGUAG